GCUAAACGUAUAGCGGUGUACCAUGUAGACCACCCAGUGGAGGGGUGAUCAAGUCAAAGUCUAUAAAAGAGCCUUCGUUCAAUAGCUAAACGCCUUUAGAGUUUUGACUUGAGAAUUGUCCGUUCGUCACUCACUAGUCACUAGUCACAAUAAUUAUAUACAAUAAUAUACAAUAUUGAAUAUACAAUACCUGCCUAUCUCCACCAACGUCACUAAAUAUGGUUGAAAUUGUAUUAUCGUCAAACACCGUUUUCGAACAAAUGAAUGCUACCACCUCAGCAGGAAGUUUGGCAGUGGCGCACUGCGUGUCCCAAGAUUUCCAGAUGAGUAGGGGUGUUGCUGUGCUAUUUAAACUGAAAUAUGGACAGGUCGGUGUUCUGUUGGACCAAAAGGUCACAGUUGGUGGUGUAGCAGAACUAAAAGUUCACCAGGAAAAAGACAUUCAUGUUUUUUACCUGGUGACUAAACUUCUGUACCACCACAAACCAGCUCCGGAGGCUCUGGCAAGUGCAUUAAUCCAGUUACGGGAUAUGUUAGCAGAUUUGUCUAUAAAUUUGCUAAUUAUCCCGAAACUGGGUUGUGCUUUGGAUGGAUUGAAUUGGCACGAAGUCCAUGGUAUGCUACAAUCCACGUUCGUUGAUCGAACGAUGAAGAUUACUGUAUGCGAUCCCGAAAACUUUCAGAUACCACGCCAUGUAAUCGCCGCAUGUACGGAGCAAAAAGUUGAAUUUCUGGAUUGUGGUGGUCCGGAAACACUAAAGAUAUUGCCGGUGGAAUUAACAAGCGCGAGCGAAAACACCAUGUUCACUAGAUGCUUGGACCAUUUUAGACUAUCACCAAGGUAAUAUUAUAAUGGUUUUAUAUUUAAAUUUGUAUCAACGCAUGUAAUUAUUCUAAUUUAAUUUAUAUUUUUACAGCUUAAUAGAUAAUGGGAGGUGGGCAUCUGUAUCAAAAGGACAAGUGGUCCGUGUAAAUGAUUCAUUUCUAAUUUGGGCAUUUGUAAGAGACGACCUACAUUUUUUCCAGACUUUGGAAGCCCAAAUUGGUGAAACGAUGGCGAUGGUCCCUAAUUCAUCAAUUUGGGCAUUUCCAAAGUCAGAAAUUAUAAACUAUGACCAAUUCAUUUCCCUCUUAAGAACAAAGUUGGCCGAUAAUGUACUGCAGCGGCAUAAAGUAGUGGUGUGCGACCCUAAUAUACCCACGCAUAUGCCGUUCACAGGCAACUGGCCCCGUGGCAGUGCCACUAAUCGUCGGCCUAACCCACGACAAACCACAAACGCAGUAGCACCUGCUCGAAGCAAUAAUUUCGUCCGUGGUCAUGGUAGUCGUCUGAGGGGACACGGCGGACGUGGAUACGGUGGACAUGGUGGAUACGGUGGACAUGGUGGAUACGGUGGACAUGGUGGACAUGGUGGACACACUCUCCCAGCCUCCACGAUCAUUUAUACAGAGGCUCUUAGGUCGAUUGUGUCAGUAGUUACACAGGCCGCACGACCCGCACCCUAUUACACUGGUGAAGAAAAUGUUUUUCGGGGACGCGGACGCGGACGGGGACGGGGACGGCUUCCUAUAAUGUGCCAUUCGUGCAGGGCGUUUGGCCAUAUGCGGUGGAACUGUCCUAACAAAUGUAUGUAUAUAUAGACAAUUAAUUUAAAAUUAAACGAAUUAUUAUUGUUUCUGUUUUAAAUGUCCUAAA